UAUCGUCAGACCAGACAUUGGAUACAGACAACAACAGUGACAGUCAGAACAAGACCGCAUUUCUGCAUGCAACCAGCUAUGGGUGUAGUCUGAAAAGUGGAAACAGUAGCGCACCGCAAUAUACCUCGAAGUUUUAUCCUCAUGAAGGAGCUCCGUCCUGGCUGAGUUUGGGAGAUGGGAGUACUAAAUAUUGCAGACCAGCCUCCACUGGUCCAGGCCAUCUUCAAUCGUAACGCUGAAGAAGUUCAACUAUUAUUGCACAAACAGGAGGAGGAUGUCAAUGCACUGGACCAAGAGCGCCGUACGCCACUUCAUGCUGCUGCCUGUGUGGGUGACGUCCAUAUAAUGGACCUCCUCAUUGAAUCAGGAGCCACUGUAAAUGCUAAAGACCAUGUAUGGUUGACCCCGUUGCACAGGGCAGCUGCUUCCAGGAAUGAAAGGGCAGUGGGUCUGCUGCUGAGGCGCGGAGCGGAGGCAAAUGCACGUGACAAGUUCUGGCAGACACCGCUGCAUGUGGCUACUGCCAACCGGGCCACACGCUGCGCAGAGGCCCUGCUGACCCAGCUGAGCAACCUGAACAUGGCAGAUCGCACUGGCAGAACUGCCCUGCACCAUGCGGCUCAGAGCGGGUUCCAGGAGAUGGUUAAGCUGCUGCUGAACAAAGGGGCCAACUUGAGUGCCAUCGAUAAGAAGGAGAGACAGCCUAUCCAUUGUGCUGCUUACUUGGGGCAUUCAGAGGUUGUUAAGUUGCUGGUGUCCCGCAGUGCAGACAAGAGCUGCAAGGAUAAGCAGGGUUACACACCUCUUCAUGCUGCUGCGGCAAGUGGUCACCUGGAAAUUGUAAAGUACCUACUGAGGAUGGGGACAGAGAUUGAUGAGCCCAACGGCUUUGGAAACACUGCACUCCAUGUGGCUUGCUACAUGGGGCAGGAGGCUGUGGCUACCGAGCUGGUGAACCAUGGAGCUAAUGUGAACCAGCCCAACAAGUGCGGCUACACCCCCCUGCACCUGGCCGCCGUCUCCACCAACGGUGCACUCUGUCUGGAGUUGCUGGUCAACAAUGGGGCAGAUGUCAACCAGCAGAGCAAAGAAGGGAAGAGCCCCCUGCACAUGGCAGCCAUUCAUGGACGCUUCACACGCUCUCAGAUCCUCAUCCAAAACGGUGGGGAAAUUGAUUGUGUGGAUAAGCAUGGCAAUACUCCUCUCCACGUUGCUGCUAAGUACGGCCAUGAACUGCUGAUCAGCACUCUAAUGACCAACGGAGCAGACACGGCCAGACGUGGAAUCAAUGGAAUGUUCCCCUUGCACUUAGCUGUGCUGUACGGGUUUUCAGACUGUUGUCGCAAGUUACUCUCCUCAGGUCAGCUGUAUAGCAUAGUUUCAUCCAUGAGUAAGGAGCAUGUACUUUCGGCUGGGUUUGACAUAAACACCCCUGACAACUUUGGGAGGACCUGUCUACACGCUGCUGCCUCUGGAGGAAAUGUUGAAUGUCUGAACUUGCUCUUAAGUAGCGGUACCGACUUGAAUAAGAGGGACGUAAUGGGAAGGACACCGUUGCACUAUGCGGCUGCUAAUGGGAGGUACCAGUGCACUGUGACCCUGGUGGGCGCUGGCGCUGAGGUCAACGAGCCUGACCAGACGGGCUGCACUCCCCUGCACUACUCUGCCGCCUCCCAAGCCUUCAGCAGAGUUGAUCGUCAUUUUACUGGGAACCAUCAGAACGAUGAAGAUGAGGCAAAGGAGUCGUACUUCUGCUUGGAGCAUCUUUUGGACAAUGGUGCUGAUCCAUCGAUGGUCAACUCCAAGGGUUACAGUGCCGUUCACUAUGCAGCUUACCAUGGCAACAAACAGAACCUGGAGCUGCUCCUGGAGAUGUCUUUUAAUGCACUAGGAGACAUAGAGAGCAGUAUUCCUGUCAGUCCUCUGCAUCUCGCUGCUGAUAAGGGCCACUGGCAGGCGCUGCGUGUGCUGACGGAGACUGCAGCCUACGUGGACAUGCAGGAUGCUGCAGGGCGUUCUGUGCUCUACUUGGCUGCCCAGAAAGGCUACGCCCGCUGUGUGGAAGUGCUGUUGGCUCAGGGGGCCUCCUGUCUCCUCAAUGACAACCGCCUCAUGUGGACCCCAAUUCAUGUUGCGGCUUCCAAUGGUCACUCUGACUGUUUGCGCAUGAUGAUUGAAUAUGGGGAGGAGGGCGAUCUCACCAACGUUGCUGACAAAUUUGGCCAGACCCCUUUGAUGCUAGCUGUUCUGGCUGGUCACACUGACUGUGUCCACUUCCUGUUGGAGAAGGGUGCCUUGCCAGAUGCCAAGGACAAGAGGAGCAGCACAUCUUUGCACAGAGGGGCGGUGUUGGGCCACGAUGACUGCGUGACGGCCCUGCUGGAGCACAAAGCUUCUGCACUGUGUCGGGACAUCCAGGGUAGGACACCGCUGCACUAUGCUGCAUCCAGAGGCCACACAGACAUCCUAGCCAGUUUGGUUCAGGCCGCCAUGGCAACUGACCCACAAGAUAAACUGCUGGACAACAAACAAUACACCCCAUUUCACUGGGCUGCUUACAAAGGGCAUGAAGACUGUUUGGAGGUUUUACUUGAAUUCAAAACGUGUACCCAUGAAGAGGGAAACCCUUUCACCCCCCUGCACUGUGCUCUGAUGAACGGCCACAGCGGGGCAGCAGAGAGGCUGCUGGAGUCUGCUGGGGUCCACAUGAUCAACACCAGAGAUGCCAAAGGAAGGACCCCAUUGCAUGCCGCUGCAUUUGCUGAGGAUGUUGCAGGACUUCAGCUGGUGCUUCGCCAUGGGACAGAGAUCAAUGCCGUGGACAAUAGUGGAUGCUCUGCUCUGAUGGUAGCUGCUGACAAGGGACACAGUGGCACCGUGGCCAUCCUCCUUCACCGGGCCAAGGCUGACCUGACUCUGCUGGAUGAGAACAAGAACACCGCCCUGCACCUGGCUUGCAGCAAGGCUCAUGAGAUGUGUGCCCUGCUGAUUCUGGGAGAGAUCCACAGUCCCACACUUAUAAAUGCCACCAACAGUGCUCUGCAAAUGCCCCUCCAUCUUGCAGCACGUAAUGGCCUGGCUACGGUGGUGCAGGCACUGCUGAGUAGAGGAGCCACCGUGCUGGCUUUGGAUGAGGAAGGCCGCACCCCAGCCCUGGCCUGUGCUCCCAACAAGGACGUGGCAGACUGCCUGGCUCUAAUCCUCUCUACCAUGAAGCCUUUCCCCCAGCGGGACCCUUCCUCCUGCUCCUGCUCCCCUCCCACCGUCUCCCCGGGUCUCAACUUGCUGAAGCACUGCGGCAUCACCGCCGCCUGCGCCCCCCUGCCCAGCAACGGCCUCCAUAACGGCUAUGUCAAAGACCGCCACGGUGCGCCAGUUGGCCUGGACGGGUGUCUGUCUGAGUGAGGUCACGUGCCCCCCUCAGUCAGCUGCUAUCACCAUCAUCACCUCCAGGGGGGGGGACUCCCUUUAACAUGGCCCAGAGGACCAGGAGAGCACCCACCCACAUGUCUGUUCUCUAUGUAUGUAUGUGUGUGUCUGUGUGUGCGUGAGUGUCUGGUCUUCUCUUGAGGUGCAGUCAAACCUAAUAUGCAAUUAGAUCCCAUUCCUCCAUCUCCUAGUAGUGCUUAAUAGGACGGAAGGAAUAGAGGCCGAUUGCUCUACAGGGUCACUCAGAUGAAGCGUGGCAUCCAAAAACAAACACUAGCAAUCUGGCCAUCUAAAUCAUUUAACCCUUUAAAACCCAUGUCGACAUAGUCUAAUAAGAGCAUGGAAACCUCUUUUUCCGCGACCUUCUUUCUCUUAAUAUCACUCAGUACAAAAGUCAUAUUGUGUUUAAUCCGUUGUGGUGACCUUGUAGAGGAACAAACAGCCUUCCCAAAAGAAUGAUCAAAGAAUUUCUUUGUUUGUUUUUUUGAUUUCUUUUUUUUUUUUUUCUUUCGUUUUCUUUUUUCUUUUUUAAUUGUCCGUGAGCCUAGAUUUUUAUGAAGGAGACACACAAGGGAAAAAUCCAAAUUUUGCUUAAGAGUGCAAUGCUUACGUACUACAGUACAAUCCGGAAUUAGGAAAAAGGGUCAAACGGAUGUUAGUUCCAUAGUGUACUUUAAAUGUAAGGCCUAGAAUUGUUUGGCAUUUUAUGAUAAUUUGGUAAUGCUGCUGAAUACGUUAGCAUGUCUCCUUCCAAAGGAGAGCCACGUGCGGGUCAGUGCUGCAACAUCGAUUUGUUCUUAAUGCUGACGUCAUGUUUUAAAGAUGAUAAAUAAGUGUUUGUUAAGAUAGAAUGUUUCUAAGCAUAUAACUUAUGACCAAAGUUGAUCAACACUAUUAUGGCUAUAAAUUAUUUAUUUGAGAUGAACUGUACUGUAUAGAGAAAGACAAUAGAUCUCGAUAUACCUCGUCAACUCGUUUAGCAGCUGCUUCAUCGUCACCCAGGGUCCGUAGGCCUAAUGUUCUCUUUUCGUAGGACUAGAGAACGACUGUAGGAUAAUGACUGACUGAGGCCUUGUUUAUUUCUAGAUGAAGGCUUUACUAGUAAUAUCUGCCAACAACACCUCAUCAAAGCAUCAUAUUUCUGAGCACAUAAAUGAACAAGCCAUUUCAAUUUAUUUCCCAUGUCUUUAAACAGUGUUUUUUUAUUUUAUUUUAUUUUUUUUAGAUUUCAGAUUUUGCAUGGCCUAGUUAUCGAAAGAGAGCGAUCCGUUUUGGUUUGUAGUCACUCGUGACGUUUUAUUUUAAUUAAAUUUUUCUCUUUGUUUUUGAAGUAGAAUCGGCCAUUAGCUUUGUGGUUGUAACAAACUCGCGCUAAAGGAGUAUUCCUCGGAGCGGGUGAACGAGUCUGAAACAUCUGAUAGCUUCUAUCUCAACCUCUCGGUGGUCAACUCUGAUCAAUUUGAAACGAUUAAAGAGUAACGACUGCUGUUUUCAUUGGGCAGUUUUCAAGCAAUAAUUUCUUUUAGCCUUUUUUUGUUUAGUUUUGUUUAACUUUUAUUGAAUAGACAAUCACUGUCACAAGGGCUUUUGUUUCCCUGGAAUGUGUUUAGAUUUUUUUUCUUUUUCUUGUUUUUUGUUCCGUUUUUGUAUUAUUUCAUGGAAAAUUACCUAAAGACUAAACGAAUGGCUCUGUGUGUGCCGGGCAUUUUAUUGUCAGUGUCAACACAAAUGCACUGGAUUGCCUUUAUGGCAUCUCAUGAAAUGCCUUUUGACCCAUGCCUUCCGUAACACAUCAUUUCAGUUGGAUUGCGUAACGGCAGAGUAGGAUGAGCCCUGAGACUAAUUUAUCUUUCCACCCAUUUGAUCGCAACAGCAUUGAGCCACAGUUGCACCCAGAGUAUCUAGUGGGGGGAAAAAAAUCGCCCGACACAUUUUCAUAUGUUUCGGCAUUCUCAAUGACCAGGGAGUUGAUAUCCUUUUUAUAGAGGCUUUAUAGGGCUAAGAGGAAAAAGGAGAGGGAUCUUUGCUUAGGCCAAUACCUGUUGUUUAGAUUUCAGGAAUAGCAGAAAUCCAAAUAUGUGCUUUUUGGUGUUCAUUUUGUUGUCUACUCAUCCCAUUUCUGGUACUAAAGAUGAUUGUAUCGGACCACUAGAGCUGUUUGUGACUUUUAGAUGUUCUAUCUAUGCUAUUAUGCCUAUUUUUUUUUUUUUUUAUUAUUAUUAUUAUUAUUAUUGGUGGUUAAAUUACACUGAGUCAGAUUGUUUUCAUUGGUGUGAUUACUUCAUAUCCAAUGGUAAUGAAGUGGCACAAUUGCACACAUAAGUUGACUGGAUGAGAGACGAGGACCUAGACUAGGCAAUGCCGUUGGAUACCCCUGCGAUGAAGUCUUUCGCGUUAUUGUAUAGUACUUGAUUUCCUAAAAUUUCGAAAACAUUUCAGAGCAGUGAUUUCUCAGUCAGUGUCGUAGAUCGUAGUUGGUAUUUGUAAUUGACCUCCAUAACAGACUGAAAUGAAAUGGAGCUACUGUAAUUUGUGAUCCCCCGGCCUUUUGUUCUCUUGAUCAAUUAAUACUUUCCAUGAGAACAGUUAUAUAACUAACUUUAGGGAUAGGUACAAAAUUUGUUUAUCUCAGGAUCUGUGCUGAAGCAGCAGGCAGAAUUUAUUAAUCCAAUCAGAUCUCAGCAGGACGAUUAUGUCUACAUUAUUGUAAUGGGAUGAUCCAUGAUUUAAGUCAUUUUUAACCCUAAUCCCACAGCACUUAAUUAGAUAGUCAAGCAUGCACUUUAGUACAGUCAGGUUCUAAGUGUGCGAAGUAGAGCAGAUGUAAUGUAUGUACUUAUGUUUACAUGCAUGUGUGUUGCUGCUGAAUACAGGAAGGUAGAGUUGCAAAAGACAAGUAAAGGCUGCAACAAAAAUUGUACUCUAACAAUGCAUUAUUUAUAAAAAAAAAAA